AUGGCUGAAAUCGAGCAGCUGGAAGUGCACAGCAGGUCUUACCUGAUCCGAUGGGUCAAUGUACCGUCCGGCCACACCAUCUCCUGGACCAUACAACCGCACAAGAAGUCGCUCAACUUUGGAGUUUUCAAGCAUCCCGGAGGGCACGGCGGCCUCGCUCCGAAUCUGCCUCCGUCUAGCGCGACACUUGAUCCUCCACCAACGCCAGGUCUAGAGAAUGCUACGCGCCCACGGGGCAUGUCCAACGCGGAGUCUCGGAAUGACAAGAGCAGGGUUAUAGAGAAGCUGCAGGCUCUCGGCAUGAAGUGCGUAGCGUGGGCUGGAAAAGUCGAAGCCGACAAGGCCUCGACGGGCAAAUACGACGUACCGGAAGGUGAGGGCGGCAUGUACGGCCUGGUCUUCGACAACACCUUCUCGAAACAGGUCUCAAAGACGGCGACUUUCGUGGUCAUGACGUACCCAACUUCAGCGCCGCCGAGAUCAGGUCAACAGCUGCGCGUGUUGCAGGCGCCGCCUAACGCCAGCACAAUCAGUCUUGCUGCCCAGCGAAGCCCCGGCCUGCCAGCCAUCAGCGACUCGACUGAAUCCUUACCUCAAGAGACCCGACACGUGUCUGCGACGGAAUCGCGGCCGAGAUCUGCAGCCGGGACGGAUACGGACACUAGAACUGCGCCGCCAUCCACAUGCUACACUGGGGUUUUGUGGAAGAAGCGCAGAAAGAAGAACCAGACUCCUGCCAGGAGGUUCUUUUCGCUGGACUUCACAUCCUCGACACUCUCGUACUAUCACAAUCGCCAUUCCUCCGCUCUUCGCGGUGCCAUUCCUCUAGCCUUGGCUGCCGUCAGCGCAAAUGAGAAGACAAGGGAGAUAUCGAUCGAUUCGGGCGCCGAGGUUUGGCAUCUUCGAGCGAGCAACAAAAAAGAUUUCGAUGGCUGGAGGGCUGCGCUGGAAAGGGCAGCUAGGGCUGCGGGAUCGCUGGAUUUCAUACAGGAUGAGCCUUCCACAGAACUCCGACCCGCCGAUCAGCCAGUCAACCCAGCCGAAGAGCGGGAGUGGGGCAAAGUGGAAGCUCUUGUUGGCCGUGUCGCCGGGACCAGAGAUGCUGUACGCAGACUAGCUAAGGACACGGACCCGAAAUAUCUGCCGGCUAUGGCUGGCAUUGGAGCACAAAUGUCGAAUGGCAGCAGCGCAGCACCGAGCCCAUCAGAGACAGGGCCACAAGAGUACUUCAAAGACGAAGGGCAACACCCUGAGAAGCUCCCCUUCUGGAAGCGGAAAGCAAGCAGCUCCCGUGAGAGCCCGUCUGGGCUUUUCCGCCGAAGUCUGUCAGCUCAGCACGCUGUACCGCCCCCUUCGAAUGUACCUCCCGUGCCGGCGCUUCCGCCUGGGACCAUCAGCUUGCCAAAACGGCAGCAUCGUCACAGUCAGGUCCCACCAGAAGAUAACGUGCAUGAGCGUUGUAUGGCGAUUCUGCGUGAUUUGGAUACAGUGGUCGAAGAAUUCUCUGCAUUGAUUGCUGAGAGCAAGGCGAGGCGCUUGCCACCUGCUACGCCGGCAGUCCGGAACAGUAUCGACUCGGGGUCAUCCGACGAGUUCUUCGAUGCGCCUGACGGAGAGACUAUGCGGUCGCAGAUACUCACUAUGAGACGUGACAGCGAUGAAACUGAGGAGAAGCCUGAUGAAAUAUCAGAGGACGGAUCAGACUCGAGCAGCGGCGAUGAAGGCUUGGGCAGCUUCGACAGGCAGGGCCGGGAGGGACAACCGUCCCUGUUCCCGCCGAAACCCAAGUCGCUUACACCAUUACCGCUCGACCCUGUGCCCAGGCGGAAGACCGUGCCGUCAUCUAGAGCCAGCCCACCCAGCCUCAUUGGGUUCCUCAAAAAAAAUGUAGGGAAAGACCUUUCGACAGUCGCCAUGCCUGUUUCAGCGAACGAGCCUACAUCUCUCCUCCAGCGCGUAGCCGAACAGCUGGAAUACUCGGAACUUCUAGACGCAGCGGCAUCAGCGCCUGUGGAGUUCGGAGAGCGCCUUCUCUACAUCACCGCUUUUGCCAUCUCCUCCUUCUCCAAUUCACGAGCAAAAGAACGCGCCAUCCGCAAGCCUUUCAACCCAAUGCUAGGUGAGACCUUCGAGCUCGUCCGCGAAGACAAAGGCUUCCGCUUCGUCGCCGAGAAAGUCUCGCAUCGACCCGUGCGCAUGGCAUGUCAGGCCGAGUCUGAGCAAUGGACAUUCCUGCAAAGUCCGAUGCCGGUGCAGAAGUUCUGGGGCAAGUCCGCCGAGCUCAACACCGACGGCCGCGUGCGCGUGUUCUUGCAUGCCACCAACGAGCACUACAGCUGGGUCGUCGCGAAGUCCUUCCUGCGCAACAUCAUCGCAGGCGAGAAGUACGUCGAGCCUGUCGAGACGAUGACGAUCGUUAACGAGACUACGGGUGCCAAGGCAUUGGUCACGUUCAAGGCGGGUGGCAUGUUCGCAGGCAGGAGCGAGGAAGUGACCGUCCAGGCGUUCGGGGAGGACGGCGAGAAACUGCCACUUGGCUUGAUAGGCAAAUGGACCGACCACCUCAACCUCACUAGAUCGGGUGCCGAUACAGGCAAGACCAUCUGGUCCGUCGGCGCCCUGGUCGACGAUCCGGCCCAGCACUUCGGCUUCACGACCUUUGCGGCCAGCCUCAACGAAAUCACGCCCGUCGAGGAGAAUGAACUCCCGCCUACGGACAGUCGCCUAAGACCCGACCAGCGUGCCGCAGAGAACGGAGACCUGGACAGGGCGGAGGCGCUCAAAGCUCGGCUGGAGGAGAGGCAGAGGGCGAGAAGAAGGGUCAUGGAGGAGCAUGGCGAGGCGUGGCAGCCAAGGUGGUUCGCUAAGGCCAGUCCGGAGGGUGAGGCGGAGGAGGUCUGGCGGUUGGUGAGCGGGAAGGAGGGGUACUGGGAGGAGAGGAGUAGGGGGGAGUGGUCGGGGGUUAUGGACGUGUUUCAGGGUUAG